AAAAAAACCAAAGCUGAUCUCAGCCUAGCCCAUUAAACAGCUUGUGAAGUAGCGCGCUCUCACUCACUCACUCACACACACACACACUCUCAUAAACACUCAUACAUGCAUGCCCCUGGCAGACGGCUGUCAAAGUAACUUUCCCUCUCUCUCUCUCUCUCUCUCUCUCUCUCUCUCUCUCUCUCUCUCUCUCUCGCUCUCUCUCUCUCUCUCUCUCGCUCUCUCUCUCUCACUCUCUCUCUCUUUCUCUCUCUCUCUCUCUCUCUCUUUUUCUCUCUCUCUCUCCCCCUUCUCUCUCACUCUCUCCACUGGGAAGCUAGGAGUUGAAAACUGCGAAGGAGCAAGUGCUAUUUGCUCUCCACAAAAACCCACAGAGUGAAGCAUCCAGAAGAAAUAUCACUGUCACGUCCAGAAAACUUGUCCUUUCUUUUCUAAAUGAGGUGCAGCCAACUCGUCAAGAUCACGCAGGAGAGGACAAUGCUACAAAUGGAUAUUUUCAUUCUCGUGUUGAUGACCAUCAUUGACUACGUUUCCAGUGGAGGCUAUUCUUCAAAGUAUGUGCACCCCAUGAUCAAAGGCCCAGUGGGGCCUCCGUUCAGAGAAGGCAAAGGACAAUAUAUAGAAAUUCCAGUGAUUCUUCCUUCGGAUCUCAAGGGUGAUAAAGGCGCACCAGGAAAGCCGGGACCAAGAGGACCAUCUGGGCCACCGGGAGUGCCAGGAAAUGCAGGAUAUGGCAAACCAGGUUUUCCAGGUCCAACCGGACCUCCGGGGACACCAGGAUUUUCACGCUUUGGAAAGCCAGGAAUGCCGGGAAUACCUGGUAAGCCAGGUACCAUAGGGUUUCCUGGACCAAAGGGCGAUGAAGGACCCAGAGGAGAUCCAGGACCCCGAGGCCCAGCUGGGAUUCCAGGAGAACCUGGCCCUGCGGGAUUCCCUGUCCCUGGGAAGCAAGGAUCCCCAGGGAUUACUGGAGCCCCUGGACCUAGAGCAGAGCCUGGUGAGAAGGGAGAACCCGGUGCUCCGGGGGAACGUGGUCCCAAAGGCGAGGUUGGGUACGGUAAACCGGGUAUACCAGGGGCAAGAGGUAAGGAGGGGAGUCCAGGUAAAUCUGGGCCCUCAGGGUUACCCGGUUUGGGAAAACCUGGAUUUAAUGGUUUACCUGGUGUCCAUGGUGAGAAAGGCGAAUCAGGACCAAGUGGCGACAUUGGACAUCCAGGACCACCUGGUCCUCAGGGUCCUGCAGGAAAGCCAGGAUUAGAUGGGAUAGGGAAACCAGGUCUGAAUGGGUUACCAGGUAUCCCAGGAUCUGUAGGUCAUAAAGGAGGGCCUGGACCUCCUGGUGCUCGAGGUUUGCCUGGGGUUCCAGGGUAUGCAAAACCGGGAAUGAAUGGAUUAAAAGGUCAGCGCGGGCCUCCUGGGGCACCAGGUGCUCCAGGACCCAACGGCGAACCAGGUGUAAGUGGUUUACGUGGUGAACAAGGCCCCCAGGGUAGGCAAGGUUAUCCAGGGUCUAUUGGUUCCAAGGGGUUAAUGGGCAAGCACGGCCCACCAGGGCCUGAAGGUAAAAUUGGGCUAAAUGGGCCACCAGGGCCAAAAGGAAUCCGAGGGGAUCAGGGAUAUAGUGGGUUACCUGGAAAACCUGGUGUGCCCGGGGAAAGAGGUUUACACGGAUCUACAGGAGCACCAGGUAAAAUAGGUCCAAAAGGUGACUCUGGACUUGCAGGAGGUUCUGGGACACGUGGACUGACUGGUCCUGUAGGACCAAAAGGAGAAUCAGGGCAUGGAGGACAACCAGGACCCAGAGGUUCUUCAGGAAUUCCAGGUAUUCAAGGGCCUACAGGGCCCAGAGGACCAAUAGGUUUACCUGGUCCCAGAGGUGAAGCAGGGUCACCAGGCUUACUAGGGGAGGGGAAAAUAGGAUUACCAGGUAUUGCAGGUCCAGUAGGUCCAAUGGGAAACCCCGGCAUUCCAGGAAGAAUGGGAAUUCAAGGCGCACCUGGACCUCCAGGUCCAGCAGGCCCGCCCGGCAUCGUCAUUAAUGGGGAUACAACUGGUAUUGCUAGCCUGCAUGGUGGUGUUGAUGGUGCAUCAGUACCAGGAAAUGGAAAGCAUGGAAAACCACAAUAUGAAAGAGGAGAAAUGUCUGCACGAGUAGCUCCAGCUUUCACUGCAAUUCUCACAAAAUCAUUUCCACCUUCAGGCAUCCCCAUUAAGUUUGAUAGGAUUUUGUAUAAUGGACAACAUGGUUAUAAUCCAUCAACCGGACUAUUUACGUGUCAAGUUCCAGGUGUCUACUACUUUGCUUAUCACGUGCAUGUGAAGGGAACCAGUAUCUGGGUGGCACUGUACAAGAAUAAUGUGCCUGCAACAUACACAUAUGAUGAAUAUAAAAAAGGAUACCUUGAUCAAGCAUCAGGGAGUGCGGUCCUGGAACUGAAAGAACAUGAUCAGGUGUGGAUCCAGAUGCCUUCAGCCCAAGCUAAUGGGUUAUAUUCCACUGAUUACAUCCAUUCCUCUUUCUCAGGAUUCCUACUUUGCCCAACAUAACGUUGAUCAACUUGAAUUAGGGGAUUUAUAUAUUGUGUAGUAAUAAACUGUAUUAAGAGGGACACUGGAAAAACAUACAAGUGUUAUAUGUUGCUACCAUGUUCCAGUAUUAAAAAAAAAGCCUAGACAGCCUCUGGAUGAUAAUCAGCAUAUUAUAGCAACCACAAACAUCAGACAUUUUCCCUAAUGACUGCACAUUUUCAGCUUAUGUUAUAAGGGAUUUAAUGUGGAACUGUUUUUUUUAUGAUCAGUUAGAGGCAAAACCAUUGUCAAUGAAGAUUGAUGUGAUGUUUGUGACACUUGUAUUCCCUGUGCUAUUUUUGAGUAAUGUUCUAAGUAAGGAUGCAUUUCUUGUUUUUUUCUCACAUUUAUACCAUUGACAGAAACAAACUAUCAUAUUACACAGUUGUACUCUAAUUAUUAUAAUCAUAUCUUUUUAAGUGCAAUACAUGAUAAGUGGUGUUCCAUUGUGAAUUCAGACAACUGUGUAUACUGACUGAGAAUUAAAACAUUGAGGAAUGGUAUAAUCGGCACUGCUACUUGCUUGAAUUUUAAAUUUCAAAUUAACUUGUAGUAACGUUAUGCUGACUAAAAGGUUAAUGGAUAACGGAUGUAGUACAAGUAAAUGUUUCUUUUGUACUCAUUAAGUUUUAUGUAUUUUGCAUGAUCUGAGAUGUUACCAAACAUCAAUUUAGUUGGAAUGAAAGGUAAGAAACAUUGAACUGUACCAAAAGAAAAUAACUAUCGUCAGUGUAUUGGCAUUGGUUUAUUAUUGUCACGUGUACUGAUAUACAAUGAAAAGCUUUGUUUGUUUGCUAUCCAGUCAAAUCAUAUAUUUGGUGCUCAAGUCUCAGGAAUGGGAUUUGAAUCUACAAACUUCUGACUCAGAGCUGAUAGCGCUGUUCAUUGGUCAACACCCAAAUCACUAACAAAUCGCCAACUGAGGAGACAAAACGGGAAAUCAAUCUGUCAUUCCUUCCAAUGAACUGCAAAAUUAUCCCAGCUGAUGUGAUCUCAGAAUACUUAUUCACAAUGAAUACCCUCCUUCUAGAUCAUAAAUUGUUAUGAUUUUCACAUAGUGAAGACACCUCUGCGACAGUUGGUAGACAAAAAUGCUGGAGAAACUCAGCGGGUGAGGCAGCAUCUAUGGAGCGAAGGAAAUAGGCAUUGUUUCGGGUCGAGACCCUUCUUAAUUUAACUCAGUUUGCUGGCAGCUAGAGCGCUGCAUGUACACAUGCCACUAUUUUUCAAACUAGCAAAGACUGUGAAAUGUUUAGUCUUUUUUUUUCAAUCUCAUAACACAAGCUCGAUGAAAAUCCCUUAUCAAAGAAUUCCAGAGUUAAGAGGGAGUAGAGAUCUAGUGGCACCUUGGACUAAAUGGACCAUGGGAUCACUAUUAUGUUACAUGCUGGUAGAUCCAUUAAGGUUUAGUACAUUGCUGAGAUUCACAAAGUUAAGUAAGUCCUAUUUGUGAACAAUGACAUUUGCCCACAUGUUACAUCAGAUUAUGUCAUGGCGUCUGUGUUCCUGAGCUGUGAAAUUUAUACAACAGUAGAUUUUAUAUUUUGCAAGGAAAUUGGCAUUAUGAACUUUCGGGCAGCAUGGUUCAUUUCAUGGUUGCAUUUCUGAUCUUAGUAGGCUAAAUUAUUUUUGUUGCUAAAAAUAAUUCUUAGUAAAUUCUCUGCAAGUAAAACUUAGUUAAAAUUUAUUACCGCAGAAUUACUUGGGAUAGUUCAUUUGCAAAUGACUUACCUAGGUUUUGUUUUCUGCCUCUUCUCUGUCUAACCUGUUAAUACAUACACUGACAAUGAAAAACUUUGCAUCCAAGCACAUAGAAUUUAAAUGUCCAAUUAGAUUUAAAAUGUAAAUGCAGAAUGUUUAAAUAUUCCAAUGAGAUGAAUAGAAAAUAUGCAUUCUACUGAAACGCUCAAUUAGUAAUGAAAUUCAGAAUGGGUAGCAGAAAAGUUAAAUGGCUGAUGAAAAUUGAGUAUGAAAUAUAUUUAUGAUGUAAUGUGAUUGAUUAUGAAUCAAUAAUAAUGAGCAUAAAAAACAUUUAAAACUAUUUUAUUUUCUACCAGUCCUUUCCAGACAUUCUGACUGAAGUAUCAGUUACAUUGCUUACAAAAUAGUUAAAUCAGUUCAAUUCACUUUUGAACUUUUAGUUGGAGUAAUUGAUUAUACAGAAUCAAACUGAUACCCUAGAUAAUUGGAUAAUGAAAUGAUGCCAGGGAGAAUUCUGUUUAUUGGAUCUUACAAUUAUUUUUAUGCAUUUAUGUAGAUUGAGUGUAUGCAUUACUUUGUGAAAAAUAAAUUUAUAUUACCCUUUUAAGCAACAGAAAUAAAUUAAUCUGCACAGCAGAGUUUGAUUUUGAAGGAAUGGGCUGAUAAUUGUCCCAGUUAUUAGAACAUAAUUUGGAGCUAAGGUAAUAACAUUUGUGCAUUAUAUAGAAAAUAUAAUGCGGAGUGAUAAUUUCUCCAAAAUUUCAAUUAUAACCACAGGGCUGUAACAUAUUUUGUAACAAAAUCCCAACCAGCUAAUGAAGUUAUAUUUAAAAACAAAACAUAAGCACUACAGCAAUUGUGAAAAAGCCCAAGGUGUACAUCUGUAAUUUCAAAAUGUACAAACAAAAUUACAUGAGAUACCCGUUAUUUCAAAGAUUAAAGCUUGUCAAUAGCUUGGAAAUUUUGACCAGAAUAAAUUUGUUAAUAUUUACGGUAUGAAUUUGCUAAUUUAGCAACAUAAGACCGCAAUCUAAUACCUUCAUUCUUCUACACCAAAGUCAACAGAGUUGUCGUCUAAAAUUCAGUUAUACUUUAUACUUUAUUGAUUUAUUGUUAUAUCAGAUGCCAGAAUAAUAAUUCCAACAUGAAGAAAUUGCAUUAAAAUGUCCAACAUUAUAUAUAUAUGCAACUUUAGAUUAUAUGUAUUUUUUAAUGAACUGUUGUUUUCACAUCAAUUACAUUUUGAGAAAUCGUUAUCCUGGACAAUCCCAUAAUUAUGUUAUUGAAUUGUUAAUAUUGAUGAGAGCGAGUCAUUCUACAUCUUUUUGUCUGGAGGAGAAUUUCACCUUCAUAGUCAUCAAUUUCUGAUGUGGAAGACGUCUUCUUAUGUAAAUACUUACCUGCACUGUAAUAGCAUCUGGUAAAAUGCACUCUUACCUGAAUUGAAAGCCAGAGUCUUCUUUGAAAACUAAACUACUUGAUUGUAUUGAUACAACAUCAAUAAAAGGUUUUCUGAUAUUACAAAAAAUGACUCUGUUUAUUUUAAAUAAGGUGCUUGAAAUACUGCGCCUUUCUUCCUGAAAUACAUUUCUUAUAAAAUAUAUUUUAUUCUGUUUUAAAGUUUAUCCAAAUUUUCUGUCCAAAAUGCUAUGAAUCUGUCAGUCCAAUCUAGUGUUUGGAAACUAUUAGAUAAUUUUGAUUCUGCAAAAAUUAACCAUUAAAUGAUUACAAAUUCAUAGUUAUUAACAACAAUGUUACAACAACCAUGUAUACAUACAAUGUUUGUAUCACCAGUAGAAGAUAAGGCAAUUAACAGACAGGCAAUCAAAUGAGAAAACAAAAUAUAUUAAAUCAUGCGUAGAAAACUGCAUUUCGUUGUCACUGCAUUUCGUUGUCUCUGUACUGUACACUGCACAAUGACAAUAAAGUUUGAAUCUGAAUCUGAAUCUGAAAAUGCUGGAGAAACUCGCGGGUGAGGCAUCUAUGGAGCGAAGG